CCUUUUCCUGCGCUUGCUCCCUGGGCGCCGCGUGACGGCUCGCUCCGCGUGUGGAGGCUUCUCAUCUCGGCGGGCUCUCGUGGGGGACUCGGGGGGCGCCCGGCCAUGUCGUGGCUCUUUGGUGUCAAGGGUCCCAAGGGCGAGAGCCCGGGGCCCGCGCUGCCCCUGCCGCCCGCGGUAGGAGGGGACGGCAGCGGGGAUCGGACGGGAGGCGGCGGGGACCGACCCACGCCCAAGGACAAAUGGAGCAAUUUCGACCCCACGGGCCUGGAGCGCGCGGCCAAGGCGGCUCGCGAGCUCGAGCACUCGCGCCACGCCAAGGAAGCACUCAGUCUCGCACAGAUGCAGGAACAGACUUUGCAGCUGGAGCAGCAGUCGAAGGUUAAAGAGUACGAAGCUGCUGUGGAGCAGCUGAAGAACGAGCAGAUUCGGGUACAGGCGGAGGAGAGAAGGAAGACGCUAAAUGAAGAAACGAGGCAGCAUCAGGCAAGAGCUCAGUAUCAGGACAAGUUGGCUCGGCAGCGCUACGAUGACCAGCUCCGCCAGCAGCAACUUCUCAAUGAAGAAAACUUGAGGAAGCAGGAGGAGUCCGUGCAGAAGCAGGAGGCAAUCAGGAGAGCCACUGUGGAACGGGAAAUGGAGCUGCGGCAUAAAAAUGAGAUGCUGCGGAUAGAAGCGGAGGCCCGUGCUCGAGCCAGAGCGGAAAGAGAGAACGCAGACAUCAUCAGGGAGCAGAUUCGCUUAAAAGCCGCUGAGCACCGCCAGACCAUUCUGGAAUCCCUCAAGACAGCUGGUACUCUGUUUGGUGAAGGAUUUCGGGCCUUUGUAACAGACUGGGACAAAGUUACAGCUACGGUGGCUGGAUUGACGCUGCUAGCCGUUGGUGUUUACACGGCUAAAAACGCCACAGCAGUUGCUGGCCGCUAUAUUGAAGCCCGCCUAGGGAAGCCCUCCUUGGUAAGAGAAACCUCACGAAUUACAGUGUUGGAGGCGCUGAAGCAUCCGAUCAAGGUUGGCAAGCGUCUGGCGAGUAAGCCUCAGGAUGCUCUGGAAGGAGUUGUUCUCAGUCCGAAACUGGAGGAACGGGUCAGGGACAUCGCCAUAGCAACAAGGAACACCAGAAAGAACAAAAGCUUGUACAGGAAUAUCCUCAUGUAUGGACCCCCCGGGACGGGGAAAACACUUUUUGCCAAGAAGUUAGCCAUGCAUUCGGGUAUGGACUAUGCCAUCAUGACUGGUGGUGAUGUCGCCCCCAUGGGGCGAGAAGGAGUGACUGCCAUGCACAAGGUCUUUGACUGGGCCAACACCAGCCGCAGAGGCCUCUUGCUGUUUGUUGAUGAAGCCGAUGCCUUCCUGAGAAAGCGAGCCACAGAGAAGAUAAGUGAAGACCUGCGGGCAACGCUGAAUGCAUUCCUGCAUCGGACGGGCCAGCACAGUAACAAGUUUAUGCUGGUCUUGGCGAGUAACCAACCGGAGCAGUUUGACUGGGCCAUCAAUGACCGCAUAGAUGAAAUGGUCAACUUUGACCUGCCUCAGCUCCAAGAACGGGAGCGCCUGGUGAGGAUGUACUUUGACAAGUAUGUUCUGAAGCCAGCCACGGAAGGGAAGCAGCGCCUGAAGCUGGCCCAGUUUGACUAUGGGAAAAAAUGCUCCGAGAUCGCCAGGCUGACCGAAGGCAUGUCUGGGCGGGAGAUCUCGCAGCUCGCCAUUGCCUGGCAGGCCUUAGCCUACGCCUCAGAAGAUGGCGUCCUCACGGAGGCGAUGAUCGAUGCCCGCGUAAAAGAUGCCAUCCAGCAGCACCAGCAGAAGAUGGAGUGGCUGAAAACGGAGGGCAUGGAGGGCAGCAAGAGCCAGUCUCUCCCUGUCUUCAAGGAGAGCCCGGUGUAAGGGCGGGAGCCCCCCCCCCCAGGACAUGGGGAAGAGUGAAUCAUGUCAGAGUCGGAGCCCGGGCCAGGGCCUGCGGUCAUCGUCCUCCCUUCCCUUCGAGGCUUUUUUAAAAUAUUCUCAGAGAACCCGUCAAGGCGUGUGAUGGCAGGAGCCACAUUAAAGGAUCUACCACGUACUGACCUGUGCUCCUUUGUGUGCUGGGGUCUUUCUGUCAAGUGCCAAAGCUGCAUCUUACCAGCCCAAAAGCCCUGUGCUGGAGCUGGCACCAUGUGCCAGCCGUGCCCACCGGCCUCCAGCAAGUGCCAAGGAAAAGACCUCGAUUCUGAGACCCUCUACUCGGGCUGUUUCCUUCACCAGAUCUCACGGUCAUGUUGUCCUCAGUGGUCCAGGCUGCCCCUCUGACUCAGGGCAGGCUGGAGCCCCGGUCACAGAUGUGCCCAGCUGGGGAGGAAGGAAGGACCGGACUGUGCAGAUGGCUCAGCCCCCUCUCCUUUGGUGGGGGAGUCACUAGCCCAGCAAAUAGAGCCCAGCUCUCCUCCCUCCCAGUCUGGUUCUCUUUCCAUUAUCCUAAACUGUUGAAGUGACCUGAGGUGCCCAGGGGAAUCCUGGUCCCAUAAAUGCCCCUUUGGGCCUUCAGGAUUGCUUCAGAGAGAGGAGGCCCUUCUAGCGGAACCAGUCACUCCAGGGGGUGGGGGGGACCAGAAAUGCCCCCCACAGUCCCUUAGGCUGCUUCCUUCCCUUCCUGCUCUGUUACUCCAGAGCUCUUAUCUCCUCAGAAAGGUAGAAACCUGGGGUCCCUGACUGGAACUGAGAGUCUGGCACCCCCAUGGCCUGGCUCCCUUUCCACGCCCACUGCCCUCACCUCUUGGGCCACCUCUCUAGCCCUGGAUCUUCUGUGGGUUCCUUCUUCACUGGGGCUGACAGCUCAUUUCCCCUUAAUAUGGACAGGCCUGACUUAAGGCUAAAUACCCCUCCCCUCCCAGCUAGAUGUGCCAGAUGUGUCCAAAGUGGUUCUCAAAGAACUCGAGACAGUGACCCCAAGGCUUGAAGAUGGAAGGACUCCUGAUUGUAAUCCCUCUGUCCUUCCUACCCAGUCAAGGAGCUGAGCUGAACCCUGCCUGUUCUGUCCGGGGUGGCGGGGGAGGCCUUCUGAGCGUGGUCUUAUCUUGAGAAGGAAAUGAGCAGAAGGUAAAUGUGUGACCUCACAAUCCCUGUGGGCCUGGGCUGAAGAGCUGGACUAGAUAAAUGACCUUCACGGUGCUUUCAUGAUUGCCGUGAUCUUCAUUUUGUAAGUUCUGAGUGUGUGUGAUCAAGCACACGUGGGCCCCGGGUUGAUGUCUGGGUCUCUGAAAAGCUCGGAGUCGGAGGGGGAGCUUGAGCUGGGGGCGGGACAACAUGCCGCUAGAGCAGCAGCCCAUCAGAGGGCAGAGCAGGAGGGACCAAGGCUAUGGGUGUGAAGUGAGCCUGACCCUUAUACCUAGAAAUGUACCUUGUGUCCCGGUGUGCUUAAUAGACCAAGUCAAGUAGCUGGGAAAAGAUAGCAGUGCCCACCCGUCAGCCACCUACUGCUGGGCCCAAACUGAACAAAGACCAGAGGACCCCUUGUUUUGCCGGGGGAGCAAGAGGCCGCAGAGCUGCCCCAUCCCCUUGGGCCUCCUGGCCCAGUGCAUUGGACUAGAAGGGGUUGAAGGCCAGCGAUGACAGUGAGCUCAGGUCUUGUGUCCUUUCCCCCCAUAUCAUAAGGCUGCCACAGGGGAACUUUUUAGGGACAACGUUGAGUUAGCCCAACCUUCCUCCGUGGAGGAAGGAAGCAUCACAAACAGGGCUUGGUCAUCCAGAAGUCUAACAUGGCUAACCUGAGAAGCAUUCCUCUGGGAGGACUCCAGGCGUUCACGUGGGGACUUUGCUUUGUUCUCUGGGUGUGUCAAAAAGCAGGAUCCCAGGGCCCAAAGGGGCUUCCAAGUGAGGCCCCCAGCUUGUCCAGCCUGUACUUCAGAAGGAGCCUACCAGCAUUCUCACACGGGCAUGCAGCCUUGUGGGGGGCUCACUACCUCCCAAGGCAAUCCACUGCACUCUGGGCCAGCUGUCCCUGGUACCCUUCCACUCGAGCUGCCUCUGCAAAUUCCCAACCAUUCUCCUAGCUCUGCACCCUGGGGCCAAGCAAAACAGGUCUAAUUCACUUCCUCUGAGUCUUCUCCAAGUGAAAUAAACACCCCCAAUUCUUCUA